GAGAGAGGGUUCGUUCUGUGUGAAAGGCCCCAACGCCACUGUGGUAUUGUGUUCACUUGAGAGGAAUUGGGUUUCCCCGGCAACGGUACGAUGCCUACCCAGAAGGCUCGGGACAGAAAAAGACUGGGGCAGAGAGGGAGAGAAAGAGAGCGAGAGAGAGCCUAGAAAAAAUAACCUUUUCACUGGGUUCCCUCUUUACAUUGAGCCUUUUGAAAAGGGGGAGUAGGAUGCCCGGAGAACGUUGAGACCAUGAGUCUGCACUUUGACCAGUGAAGCCCUCGCUGUCCGGGCAGGAAUUGGACGAUGCGUGCCCCGUUGCGCCCCAGAAGCGGCUGCCUGGUACUGUGCCUGUCCGUCUCCCUGCUCAUGCUGCUGCUGCAGGUCAUGUGGGUCCCUCCAGAGACGGCGCGGGACGCGCCCCCAGGGAGGGGCCCCAGUGACCGGGAGGGCCCUCGGCACAGUGUGCGCAGGCUGGCCCUGCGUCUGGACUCCCUCAGCUCCCAGAUGCAGCGACUGGCCAGAGAGAGAGAAGAGCCUCCAUCUGCACAGCCUGACAUUGUGCACAUCCUGCAAACCUUCAGGCAGGAGCACAGAAACCUACAGCAGACCAUGGAGAAGGAGUUACUACACAUGUCCCAGAAACUGGACCAGCUCCUCCAGAGGACCCCUGCAGCCCUGCCCCAUGAACAUGCCUCACACGGAGGUCUCCCUCGGGCGUGUGAAGUACCAGACAAUCCUGAGUUCGCUCUGUGUGCGGGGAAAGUUGAGUUUCUGAGGGCCAGCUGGAGGUCUGACGCCUGCUAUGCCUUCUAUGGUGUGGACGGCUCCACCUGCUCCAUCCUGGCCUACCUGAGCGAGAGAGAGGAUUUCUGCCCGCCUCUUCCUGGCAGGAACCGGACCACUCUGCCCUGGCAUCAACAGCCCAGCGGGCACAAAGAGGAGGCAGUGAUUCAGACGGACUUCAGGCCUCUGUACGAGUCGAUGGGAGGUGGCCAGGGCCCUGCUGCGAGGUUCAUGCGGUCCAGGAUAGAGGGACUGGCCGCCAGGUGGAGAGAGGCUGGGGAGAGCAUGAGGCUGAGAAUCCCUCACGGGGCCGCACGUCGGCUGAGGGUGCUGCUGUACCCGGGAAUUCUGGCGGGGGGCACUGGCCAGCGUUUCGAGGAGACGCUGGAACGGGGGGGUCCUCUGGGGGAGCUGGUGCAGUGGGCGGACGUGAGCGCUGCCAUCUUCGUCCUGGGGCACAACCUAACCUUCGCCGCCUCCCAGACCCGGCUGCUCAGUCUGAUAGGGGCUGCACCAGGCAGAGGGAGCUGUCCCAUUCUGAGGCCCUUGCCCUUUGACCUCAUCUACACUGACUACCACGGCCUGGCUCAUCUUCAGGGAGCUAUGGGCCUUUCCUUCCAGCACUACCAGUGCCGCUUCCGAAUUCUGGACUCCUUUGGCACGGAACCGGCCUUCAACAUCAGAGAAUACGCACGUCGCCGUGGCUACAGCACAGCAUGGGGCAGCUGGGGUCUGCAGCCGCUGCAGUACAUGACCAUGUUCCCACACACUCCUGAUAACUCCUUCAUGGGGUUUGUGAGCGAGGUGGUGGGGAGUGGAUGGGAGGUGAGCACGAAGGAACACAGGAAGGAAAACAUGGCCGUGGUCUACGGGAAACAGGAGUACAUGUGGCAGGGGAAGAAGGGAUACCUGGAGGUUAUCGGCAGAGAGCUGGAGCUCCACGCCACCGUGUUCCAGCCCCCGGGCCGCCCCUCUGCGCUGCCCGACUUCAUCAGCAACCACGGCCUGCUGCCCCAGGACCGGCUCCAGCGGCUGCUGCUCAGAGCCAAGCUGUUUGUCGGCCUCGGAUUUCCAUACGAGGGACCCGCGCCGCUGGAGGCCGUUGCCCUGGGCUGCGUGUUCCUCCAGCCGCGCUUUCAGCCCCCGCACUCGGCCGAAAACAGCAACUUCUACCAGGGGAAGCCCACCAGCAGGCAGGUCCACUCCCAGCACCCGUAUGCUGAAGACUUCAUCGGUAAACCCUACGUGUGGACUGUGGACAUGGAUAACAGCACUGAGGUUCGAGAGGCGGUUAGAGCCAUUAUGAGAACGGAAGUGAAGCCCUUCAUCCCCCGUGAGUUCACCUGUGAGGGGAUGCUGGAGAGAGUCUAUGCCUACAUCACUCACCAGGAGUUCUGCGGCGCCUCGCUCCCCGCCUGGCCCCCGGAGGGCGCUCUGUCGGCCCGGCUGGGCGCGCUGGGGCAGUCGUGCGUGGCGGUUUGCCGCCGGGCCUCUCUGGUGUGCGAGCCGGCCCUGUUUCACCACCUCAACCAGCCUGCAGCCUUCAAGAGGCUAGGUCUGGUGUGCGCCAGCACCGAGCGGGAAGUGGACCACCUGUUCCCCUCCUACAACCCCUGGGGGCGCCGCUGCUCCCUGCAGGAGGACCAGCGGCUGUUCAGCUGCGCCGGCGCCCACCCCUCCUACAGCCGCCUGUGCCCGUGCAGGGCCUACCAGCCCGGCCAGGUGGCGCUGUGUCCCCUCUGCCUGUAGGGGGCGCGAUGGAGCAUCGCGCCAGAAAUUUUGAUCACUGAAAGAUCGUCUGAAAGAACAUUCAAGAAUGACAAACUACGGCUGGUCGUGUCCUAACCUACGCGCCUUGUUAAGAGACUCAAACCCCCCCGCUAUGACCGGUGGAAAAUUCCAGUUCGGUUUAGCUCACCGUAUCGCCCUCACCAGGAGCCGCGCUCAGACCGCGAGCUGCCGCAGGGGCCCCGCCGCUUCCUGCGCCCCGCCUGUCCAUUGUGCCGGGCUCGCCGGAGCGUGAAAUUGCUUCGCCGAGAGUGGUUCCUGAAUCGCCGCCGCUCGGUUGCCGCGCGAGCCCUCGCCGAGAAUCCGGCGAGAGCGAAACAUAAAGGAGCCCAUUACCGGCAGUGAAUCACGGGGCCCCCGUCUCCUAACCUUUCCGAGGGAGGGAGUAACGGUUUGAUUAAAACAGAUACGGUCGCGAUCUGGCCGAACUCUCGGGGGGGGGCGGGGCUUUGGAAGCGCGCGUCGCCCCGGGGGAGACGAGCGGCGGCUGAACUGUGCAAACAAACGGGCGAAACAAAUGAAGUGAGGGGUCAGGGAAGCGAGCGCGCGCGGGCGAGAAGAGGGGAGCGAGAGAGCGAGAGAGACGUUAAUUAAUAACGCGGGAAGGCCGUCGCCAGGGCCUUUCUUCGGAGCCGAGAGGUGGCGGGUGACGCGACGCAGCUGCUCCCCGGCGCUGCUCCGCGCGGAUCCUCGUGAGGAGGAGGAGAGCCCUUACCCCCGCUGAGCUCCUCUCAGCCCCCCCGCCCCCCUGGCUGAAGGGACCUGUCGCACUGCCUCAACCCUCCAGUGGUCUGUCGCUCAGCCCAGUUAGACCCUGGCCCGCUGAGGCCGGACAGAGGGAAGAACUCAUGGCACCACUCUGAUGGGGGCUGUCCAGACCACUGUUCUGAGUGGAGCUGACAGAUCCAAAGCUUCAGAAAGUCAGUGUUAAGUUGGAGUUGUGCUUGAAUUGAAAUUCAAGUUAGUGUCCAUUAAAUUAAAAAAAUUUUCUGCCUCCUUGGAUGUACUCAAAUAGCGCAAGUGACGCAAAUAAUUAGCAUAAUUAAACCAUGGUCAUGGAGCAUCAGUGAGCCAGUUGAACAGUGUCAGAUGACUACUUCGCUGAGAAUAUACGGGCACUGCAUU